UGUCCACCGCGCACCGUGGAUCUUCGUCUGAGCUGGAAUACAAGUCGUACCAUGUCUGCCGAUCGUCUGCUGCUGUCGUGUCGCCUCCCUUUGUCGGUCCAGCAUGUCGCAAAGGAUAAUGCUGGCAUCCCGGAGGUAGCGCUCUUGGCUCGCUCUGUUGUCAAAGUCAGGACCUAGUGGGUCAAAAAGAAAGAAAAGGAACUCGCCUGGCGGCUGGUGCGUCUAUGGGACCUGGACGAUGCAAUUGCGACUUGACUGGCUCUUCAUCAGCGCCAACACUGCUCAUAAAGGCCUCGGCUUGCAUUGCUUGUAACGGCUCUUCCCCGAAUCGCCCCUUGUACUAAUGAACGUUUGAGCCGAUUUCGUCGGCCUGUCAAGAGGGGCAAGUGCAUUAUUGCGCAGCAGCACCCUCACCGCCACCCCCAACAUCACCGUCACGCAUCAACCUGAUCGCUAGAUCACGAUGGUGAACCCGCUCAUCUUGUCGACCGUCGUCAUCGCCGGCGUCGCAACAGCGGUGACGCUCGAGUACACGAUCUUCAAGCCGAUGCGCGAGGGCCAGCCGAUCCUGGGUCACCAGUUCCAAGAGCAGUGGCACGGCCACUUUACCCGCUUCAGGCGUAAAGUGCGCCGCGCAUGCGACCCGCACGGUCACUUUGCCAACGGCGACGAUAGCGACAGUGACGACGAGGGCAGAGUUGAACACGGGCACAAGCAUGACUUGCGUGAGAUGCAUGUGCGCCAAUCUGACGGCCGUGCUGGUGCUAACGACCACCAUGGCUGGCGAGCCGAUCCGCCGCCUGACGAACUUCGACUGCGCAGGCGGCAGGCCCAUGCCGUACAGCCAGUGACUCCCGACGAGGCAUGGAGGCGAGAGAUGGAUGCAGACUUGAUUGACUUUGAGCUACACGAACGGCAGACUAGAAUGGUUCAGAAUAUAGCCAGGAGCGGCCUCGAACAAGCUGCGCGUGGUGGCGACGGAGGCUUUGCAACGGAUACGCAUCGUCCUGGUGUCUGGCCGCAAUGGAGCGAUGCCAAACCGCCAUCGUCGACCGAGCAUCAUGAUGACGAACCUAACUCGGAUUCGCUGAAGCAGCGGUGAAAAAUGGUGACGGCAACGGUGACCGUGACGGCAAUGCAAGCACAUCAUCGUUAUCUGACGACAACAAUGACAACGCCGA